AUGAUAAAUAAUUAGAAUUAGUUUUAAAUUGAACCAACUGUUCAUCAUCCAAAUGGAGAAUAUUAAAAUUAUAAAAGAUUAGAUCCUCACCUAAAGAGUGAUACCUCUAGUCCUUUUCAAGCUUCUACACCCAGAAUUUAAUAUAGCAAUAGAGACGAUUCUCCUGUGAUAAAAUUUUUUAAUUCAAAAUAAGUAAUUCCAAACAGCAAUCUUCAAAUAGCUUCAUAAUAAUAAUACCCUUCUUAUAAUCAGUAGCAUGAAGAUUUUAAUGGUUCUUACAAUUAAGUCUAUUAUUAGCAAACUCCAGUUUAAUAAAAUAUAAAUUAGGUCAAUAAAAAUCCAUUAGGUAAAAUUUAAUUGCUUAAAGUCAGUGAUUAAUACGCACAACAACAAGUCCAUAAUAAUUUAAGCUAAAGUAAUCCUUAAUAGAAAGAACAACUAAGCAUGAAUGAAGUAGAAAAAAUAAACAAUGUAAUAAAAGGCGAUGAACUUUCUCCAUUAAAUAUGAAUGCAUUAUAAGAAAGACCAGAUAAAAAUCAAAAAAGAGAACGCAAUCAUUCCUUGCCCUUAUAGUUAGCACAAUACAUGAAACCAAGUAUUUUGCUUGAAAAAAUAACCAAUACAUUCAAAAACAAAAGUCCUCAGAGUGCUUUAUAAAAUAAGGAAUAAGAUAUUUAAAACAAUUACUUUAAUCAUACUAUGCCAUAAGCAGGUGUUUAAAAGAUUCCUUUUGAUGAAUAAAGCUAGCUCUCUGCUAGAUAGAAUAAAAUUAAUCCUUAAAUAUUUUCUCCAAAAGUAAGGAUUUUGUAAAGAGAGAUGCCUUUACAAGAACAAGUAAAUAAUUACUAAUAAACAGAACCUAGACAAACUCGUUACUCAGCUAGCUAUUUAUAGAAUAAUGUUAUGAACAGUGCAUCUCCUAAUUCUAAAGUGUAUAUUAGAACUGAUAUUUCUCCUUAACAGUAAUAAGUUUAAUCAAGUAGAUAAUACAUAUAGUAACCUUAGUAUAUUCUUAGAUCUACACUACCGUUAAAUGCAUCAGCAGAUUAUAGCCUUUCUAAUUAAACUAAUAUGUAAAACUAGUCAGGAUUUAUAACAGAUAGAAAUAAUUCUAUUUCUUCUUAAGAUUUAUCAAGAUAAAUGGUUUAUACUCCUCAUCAUAAACCUAUAUUCUAAUAACCUUUUCCUAUCCAAAGAAUUUAAUAAUAAAGAUAAUCAGUACAGUAUGCACCAUAGUAUCGUUAGAGUAUUUCUCAUAUUGGAGAAGUUCAUGGAAAUGAAUUUAGUGCAGUAAAUAGAAGCUUAAAUUAAUUACCAAAUUAAAACAACAUCAACAGCUAAGGGAGAAAUAUAAAAAUAAUUCAAAAUGGCAUUCCAAACUAAAUAAAUUAGCCCUACAAUUUUCUGUAAAGUUCUUAACCUCAAUAAAUUUAAAUAUAUCAAAAUCAGCAGAAUCAUCAUGGUUUUCCUUAAAAAAUGUUUAGCUAACAUUCUUCAUUUAGAUAGUAUGAUGCACCUGAAAAUAGUCAACUCAUAGAAAAUUAGAAAAAGAUAGAAUAAAAUCUAAAUAAAGCUAUUAAUUAAAGGUAUUAAUAAAACUAAUAAGACUAAGCAGGUCAUAUAAGCAACUAAACCAAUUUAAGCAACGAAAAAUAAGUACCUAUUUCUAAAAAUAAUAAUAUAAAUUAAGCAUCUCCUAAUGCUUGGAAUAAUAACCAAGCAUAGCACCAAAGUAUCAGAAAUUAGAAUUUAAGAGCAAGCGGGUAAUUUUCAUUUUUAGAUAACCACAACUCCAAGGAUAGUGAUAGGUCUUAUCAAAAAGAAGUAUAAAGUAUAGAUAGCAAAGAAAACGAACUUAAUUAAGCUAUCUCUGCUAUACAAAAACUGACAAAUGAAAAAUAUCAAUUAAUAAAUUAAGUUGAGCAACUUACUAAUGAACUAAGUGAAUAAGCAUAAUUGUAAUUAAAAUACUAACAAUAAAUUAACUAAUUAUAAUCUGAAAUUGAUUAAAGCAAAACUUAAAUAUAAGAAUAAAUUCAUAAUUUAAAGAUGGAAUUAGAAAAUGAGAAAUUGCUAAGAUAGAAUGAAGCUGUUAUUUACAAUUAAAAAAUAAAUAACGAAUAACAAAUUAUAAUUAAUUUACAAUAAAAGAACGAAGAACUACAAAAAACUCUUGCAUAGAGAAGCACUAACAUUUAAAAAUCUAUUUAUGAACUUGAAUAAAUAGGGAAAAUUUUAAAUGAUAAUGAAGCAUGGUAAAAGAUUUAUCAAUUUUAGAAGGAGAGUGAAGCUGGUAGCUCAAAAGAUUAAUCAACAUUUUUAGAUAAAAUAAAAGAAAGUAACUUGAUUGAGGAAGAAAUGAAUAAGUUACUUGAUGAAAGAACUAUUUUAAUGUAAGAAAUCACAAAUUAAAAUGACUUUUUAAAAGGAAAACUCUUAGAAUUUAAAAAAUAAGGAUACAGCUCUGGCUCCUAGAACCAAAAAGAAAUGUCUUAAGUAUAAAUUUUAGAGCAGCAAUUAUAGAUCUCAGAGAUCUAAAAGAAAGAAUUAGCUUAAGAAUAAGACUUGAUGGCAAAUUUAUAUGAGUGUUAAAUUGCCUAACUUAAAGCCUAACUGCAAAAUAAAAAUGAAAUUAUUUAGGUGAAAUAUCAAGAAAAUAAAUUCUUCUUAAAUUAGAUUUAAGAUCUUGAAAAUAGCAUUAAAAAAUCUCCUUACAGAAAAGAAGAUAAAGCCCCUAUUGGCCAUGUUGCUCCUUUUUGUUAAGUACCUGAGAAAUAACUAAAAAAAUUAAAUUAAAAACCUGAGAGUAACUUCCAAUAAGUAUAAAACAAAAAAGAAGAAGAUAAUUUAUUAAUUAAAAAGAACAAUGAAGAAGAGCACCUUGAUGAAUCUGAAGAAACAAGCAAUGUAAAAUAAUCAAACAUGAUAGAUAGAGUAAAUGCCUAGAAAUAAGAUAGUAGUAACCAAUUAACAGAAUAGUAAAUAAGACUAAAUUCUGUUGAAGAAGAUCUAGUUAAAUAGAAGUUAUUUGCUGAUUAGAAUUCUCAAUCAGCAAUCAAAAAAGCAGAGAAUCAGCCUGUUAUACCUGUUUUUAUGACUUAUUAAGAGUAUAACUAAAAAAUGAGUAGAGAUAAUAAAUCAAAAAUAUAAGAAAAUUAAAAAACUGACUCUAAAUCACAAAAUAGUAAUCUUUAAUAAAGUCAUGACAAAUAUAACUAAAAUGAUAUUUAUGUAGAGAAGCAAAAUUUUAACAAAACAAGCAAAAACUAAUAUAGUCCAGUUAAAAGAGAAGAUUAGAUAUAGGCAAACUUUCCUCCAUUAUAAGAAAAUAAGAAUAUAAAUAGUAAUUAAGAUUAGGAAGAGGAUAUUCUUUUGAAUAAAUAGUAAAAUUCUAGUUAAUAAAAUUUAAACAUGGAUAUUUAAUACAUUUAAAAUGAAGAUAACUUUUAAAUUGAUAAGGAUAACUGUUAAAUAAGUAAAAGCAUCUUAGAUAAAUACAAUGACUAUUUAUAGGGAGAGAAGCUCUAUAUGGAAGAAGAUAGUUUAAAUUAUUAACAGAGAAAUCAUGUACUUUCCACUAUAAAAGAAGAAUUGCCAAGUGAACACUAAACAAAUUUUUCAUCCGUCUACCAAAACUAAAAUAACUAGAACAAUGAAUUGAAACAAAACCAAAACCAAAAUAAAAAAAAUACAAUAAAAAAUUAUUCUAAUUACAUAGAAAAUCUUAAAAUAAACCUGAAAUAAUCUCAAGAAUAAAGAAAAUUAUUAGAAGAAUAAGUAAAUAACAUAAUCAAAACAAGUAACAUAGCCUUUAAAGAGGAUGAUGAAGAAAAUAGCUACAUAGAUGAACCUUUAAACAAGUAAAUGGAUACAUUUGACCAAGAUACAAAUUAAAAUUAAGGUGUUGCAGUUUAAAUUAAACUUUCUGGAAAUUAAAUAAAACAAAACAUGGAAUAAAAUUAAUUAAAUGAUUAACAAAAUUACAAUUACGAAUGGGAUAGUAACUAGAUUCCAUAAUUAGAAGAAGUAUAAGAUUAUGAGUAAAAUUAAAUAGAAAGUAAUUACAACGAGGAAUAAAAUAAUUGCAAUUAUAAUUUAAGAUAAGACGAUAAAUAGCAAAUUAAAAACUCAAAAUAUAAAUAUGAGGAUGAAAUUCCUGUUAACCACUCAACAUUUUAAAAUUAAAAUGAAUAUGAAAGAUAAUAUCAAGAAAUAAUAAAUUAAUAAAAUGUAAUUAAAUAAUAAUUCAAAUUUUUAAAGUGA